AUGAACAGUUUACAAAAGGAGGAGAAACGGGUUGCUAAACGCAGACAGGUGUAUAAGCCGAUUUUAGAGAAUCCGUUUACAAACGAAGCUAAACUAUGGCCUCAUGUCACGGAUCAGAAAUUAGUCCUGGAGUUAUUAGAGGAGAAAGUAUUGAAGAGAUGGAAGCUUUUACAGGAUAUGGGUAACAAUGAAGAAUCUAUAACAGUUGGUUUCAACGAAAUCGUCGAUCUUUUAAGCCAUGGGAAAGAUGAAUAUAUGCUGUUCGUAUGCAAUAAAGAUUUGCCGUCAGUUUUAAUUUCGCAGUUACCUAUCUUAUGUGAAACCUCGGACCAUACAGUGACGCUUGUCCAAUUACCUCGACUCUCGUCGGCCAAGUUCGAUGACGCGUUCAGGGAUGUAGUGCAUGACGGUAUGUGUCUUGUGCGCACACAUGCUCAUUAUCAGGAUUUUGCAAAGAUGAUCUCUACCAAAGUGGAACCAUUAUCCAUACCAUGGCUGCAUUCUGCACAGUUCAAAAAGGCUCCCGUCAAGCUAUUGGCAACCACCGCACCGAUCAUAAAGAAACAAGGGAAACAAGGGAAACAAGUGCCAUCCUAA